CCGCAAAAGGUCUCGUACCGGAGUGUUUGGUAAUUCUGCAAUGACUUGCACUGCAUCCGAAAAGGCGGGCUGUGCCCCUUUUAAUGAGGUUGAAACUCAUAACAGGGCAAUUGAAGAUGAUCUGAAUAUAUGGCGGAAUGACUAAAACCAAGUCUAAACAUCGUAUGAAUCAAUUCAAAUGAAUGCAGGAUCUCGUAUCGUAAUUCCUGGAUCAUAUGUUUAAAAAAAAAAUAGUUGUGCACGAAACGGAUGAGCACAUCCGAAGCGUUUGUUUACAACACGAAGCGUUUUCAUGCUCUUGUCAAAGUGAUGUUACAACGGUACGUGUAUACGCGGCCUGAUGAGCUAAGCAGCAUGACAGUUACCAAAAUAAACCGUGCCGUAAACACACCGCAGAUAAAUUAAAGUCUGCAAAAUGUCGCUGUUACGAAGAAUUGCGCACUAUCGACAACUAUACAGGCUUACACCGGUUCGGUAUUCUAGCAAUGCUAAGGAAGAAACUAUAGAUCACACAAAGCAGAACGAUUCGGAAACACAUUUUGGAUUCCAAACGGUAAAAGAAGAUGAAAAAUGGAAAAAAGUGCACAAAGUGUUUGAAGAGGUUGCGGCAUCGUACGAUUUGAUGAACGAUGCUAUGUCCAUGGGCGUUCACCGAAUAUGGAAAGAUAUCUUUAUGGAACGGUUAUCACCCGUCGGAAAUGGAAUAAGGCUUCUCGAUAUGGCCGGCGGUACGGGAGAUAUUUCAUUUCGCUACAUGAAAUAUUUACAAAAACUUCCAGCGGACGACCGAAAACCGAGUCAUGUUACGGUUUGUGACAUCAACCAAAACAUGCUCGAUGUUGGUCAAAAACGCUGGGAAAAGUUGAACCUGCCAACUGCCGGCGAUACGAUUGAAUGGGUUUGUGCAGAUGCUGAGAAAUUACCUUUCGACGAUUCUUCGUUUAGCGUAUACACAAUUGCGUUUGGAAUCAGAAAUUGUACCCAUAUCGAUCGGGUGCUAGCUGAGGCUUACCGUGUUCUUAAACCAGGCGGGCGUUUCAUGUGCCUUGAGUUCAGCCAUGUCAGCAACGAGUACCUGAAAUGGGUGUACGAUCAAUACUCGUUUCAAGUAAUUCCUCCGAUGGGCCAAAUAUUGGCAAACCAAUGGCAGCCAUAUCAGUACUUGGUUGAGAGCAUCCGAAAGUUUCCACCACAGCAGGAAUUUAAAUUGAUGAUUGAAAACGCUGGCUUCAAGUGUGUUCAGUAUGAAAAUUUGACCUUCGGUGUGGUUGCAAUACAUUCAGGGUUUAAGUUAUGAGAUGGAUGUAGUUAAUGAAAAAUAAAACGUACCUAACUUCUCACAUGGUAGACAUCAAAGCGUA